UUUUUCCUAUAUACGCCGUGACGUAAAUCUUACGUUUACAAAGCGCAGAAUCUGCAGCGCGCGGAUUAAAAUGUGUCAUCAGAAAGACACAAAAAUACUAUGCACGACAUGUUUCCCUCAGUAUUAUUAAACAAAUAAUUUUAAAUUUAGCCAUUUAGCAGACGCAUUUUUUAAAAGAUAAGGAAACAUACAUAUUUGCUAAUUAUUUGCUAAUGUAGUAGAAAAUCAUGAAUUUCUGCUCUGUUCCUGCGAGUGUUAAAGGUAAAAACAAUGACAGACGAAAUGAAAGUAUUACGCAUUUGAUACAACGGACGUGUUUUGAUUUUGAAUGACACCUACAGUACAGAUAAACAUACAUAUGAAGAAUAAAGUGCAUUAAUCUUUUUAUACGAAGCUCCGCAGACAACCAUAACGAGGGAACAAGAUGCAGUUUUCGGGAGGGAUGGAGGGACAACCCUCUGAUCCUGACGUCAGAGGGAGAGAGAGAGAGACCUCAAAAUAAACUCUCAGUCAAACUUGUUCAUUUCGCGUGGCCACAGCAGAGAAAAGAUCGGCUUGAGCAUUGUUUGAGUAUACAUCGGCACUCUCUUUAUUUGGUGGGUUGUAUUUUGUGGGCUUUUUGGUGACUUUCACCGCGAUUUCGGUUGGAUGUUUCGGUAUAUAAACGGAAAGGAUGCGAUUAAAGAAAAAAGAAGGUUGAUCUCUUCAAAUGGUCGGUGAAAUACAAACGUCUAUGCCUCUUCGUUUAAGGAAAGCUAAUGGUGUUUUGUUUCCACGGAUAUACAGGAAAAUCGGUGGUUUCUGAAAGAACUCUUUAAUUUUUUAUAUUUCGUCCAAACUCGUUUUUGUUCUCAUGCCCGCUGCGUCGCAAUGCAAACUGUCCCAUCAUGGCCGGAUCAUGAAAUGUGUGACUUUUCUUCUCUUGCUCCCCGAAACGUUAAAAAAGUUGAAAAGGGCAAGCAAGCACCCCGACAGGCUGUCUGUAUACUAUAACAUCGUAACUUUAUCUCUGAAGAAAAGGAUGGCAGCGGAACUGUACCCGGUGAACGACCCUGUCACGGUGCCGAAGAACGGGACCGUGAUGCUGAACCUGUCCGAGAAGAUGAUGAACGUGGAGACGGACGCGCAGACCACCACGACCAUCGCCACGACACCGACCACGGAGCAAAAUAUCAAUAACAACAACGUAGAGAUUCCCAGCUGGCAGACCGCGCAUCCGACAUUACGCGAAAGAAAUGCACAAAUGUUCAAUAAUGAACAAAUGGCAGACGUUCAUUUCAUUGUUGGUCCGCCCGGUGAGUCAGAGAGGGUCCCGGCACACAAGUACGUGCUGGCAGUCGGGAGCUCAGUUUUCUGUGCUAUGUUUUACGGGGAUCUUGCGGAAGGAGACUCUGAUAUCCAUAUUCCAGAUGUGGAACCCGCUGCGUUUCUCAUCCUACUCAAAUACAUGUACAGUGAUGAGAUUGACCUAGCACCAGACACAGUGUUGGCUACACUUUACGCUGCCAAGAAAUACCUGGUGUCUGCGCUGGCUCGAGCAUGCGUGGGUUUCCUCGAGACGAGCCUGGAGGCGCGAAAUGCGUGCGUGCUGCUAUCUCAGAGUCGGCUGUUCGAGGAGCCGGAUCUCACACAGAGGUGUUGGGAAGUGAUCGAUGCACAGGCGGAGCUUGCACUGCGUUCUGAGGGAUUCUCUGAGAUUGAUUUACCAACGCUUGAGUGCAUCUUACAUAGGGAGACACUAAACGUGAAGGAGGUUGUGGUCUUCCAGGCGGUUCUGAGCUGGGCUGAUGCAGAGUGUCGGAGGCAAGGCUUGAGCACCACACCACAAAACCAGCGUGCUGUCCUGGGGAAGGCGCUGCACCUUGUGCGCCUACCCUCCAUGACCUUACAGGAAUUUGCAGAUGAUGCAGCACAGUCAAACAUUUUAACCCUUGAUGAAACACACAACAUCUUUCUUUGGUACACAGCUGCGACAAAACCGUCGCUCGGGUUCCCGGUUACGCCCAGAAAGGGGCUGACGCCGCAACGUUGUCAUCGGUUUCAAUCUUCCGCCUACCGCAGCAACCAGUGGCGCUACCGUGGACGCUGUGACAGCAUCCAGUUUGCUGUGGACAAACGUGUGUUCAUUGCUGGGCUCGGACUGUAUGGUUCCAGCGGAGGGAAGGCAGAAUAUAGCGUCAAAAUCGAACUCAAGAGAAAGGGGGUGCUUUUGGCACAAAACUUGACCAAAUUUGUUUCUGACGGUUCUAGCUCAACGUUUCCUGUGCGGUUCGAGCAUCCAGUUCAGGUGGAGCAAGAUACAUUUUACACUGUUAGUGCUGUUCUGGAUGGGACCGAGUUAAGUUAUUUUGGACAGGAGGGAAUGACAGAAGUCCAGUGUGGGAAAGUCACCUUCCAGUUUCAGUGUUCCUCUGACAGUACAAAUGGAACAGGGGUGCAAGGGGGACAAAUUCCAGAGCUGAUAUUUUAUGCUUGAGUACUUGAUCUAUUAAAGAAAGGACAGCGGGUAGAUUAUCGUCUGGAAUAAAUGCCUUUGCUCAUUAUGUAGCUGCAAGACACUUCUGGUGGAUGCGGGGGGGUUUCCUUACAUCUAAUCCAUUUUAUGUCUCACACACAAAGAAAUGGUCUCCAAUCUUAUUUAUUCUUUAAACAUAUUGUUUUAAAACAUACCAUUUAAUUUAUUCUUAUUUUAUUUUUAAUUAUUCAUAACCUGCCUGUGUACAGUAGAAAAUGGGCAGUUUGCACUUGAACUUGGGCAGUGUUGACUGUCAUGUUAUUUAAUGGUUUUUGUUGACACCUUGAUGUGUCUUUAACACUGAAAACCAUAAAACAUUUAACUUUUAUUCAUCAGUAUUACAUUUCUACACCACUUCUACUAUACCACUGUAAAACAUUUUGUUAUACUGUUUUAAACAAAGCAUUGCUGUUUUUAAGACUAAAAAUGUUUGAAAAAUGAGACUUGUUUGCUUUAUAUUUUUACUUGACCACCAUGGUUAAACAAUUUGAAAUUUAUUUUAUUUUACAGUGCACUAUCAAAAAUAAAGGUACAAAGCUGUCACUGGGGCAGUACCCUUUAAAAAAGGUCCCAUUUUGGUACAAAUAUGUAUCUUUGAACUGCCAAUAUGUACCUUUGAAGUACUAAUAUGCACUCUUUUGGUACAGAGGUGUACCUUUUUGAAAGGGUACUGUCCCAGUGACAACUUUUGUAUGUACCUUUAUUUCUGAGAGUGUGGCACAGCACCAUCUGUGUGUUAAAAACUAAAUUACACUAAUACACCACUACAAAUAUAAAAUGCUCUCUUUUACUUGUCUGUGAUACUUGAUGCUUACCAAUAGCA